AUGUAUGUCUCACUCGUGAAAGCGCCGGUGACUUCGGGGUCGUCGUGUCCGAUGAGGCAGUCGAUGUAUACCAGCGGCGCUUUCGUACUGGUAUACAUCGACUGCCUCAUCAGACACGACGACUUCAGGGUCACCGGCGCUUUCACGAGUGAUACACACAUCCUGAACAUGACGCCGACCAAAUGUGCGACACACUGCACGCUUCUCGGCUACGUGUUCAUGGGCUUAGACUACGGAACGUAUUGUAAAUGCGGCCAGGAGUACGGCAUGUACGGCCUCGCACCGGCUGCCGACUGCGGCAUGGUGUGCGAGGGAGAUGACAGCCCCAUGUGUGGAGGAUACCUCAGAAUUGCCGCCUACAGGAUCUAUCCAGAUGGACCCUCCAGAAAUGCUCUGUUCUACAACAACGUGUCUAUAUCGGAAGGCCAGCAGCUAGGACGCGUUGCCACGGCAACCCGAAUGGCUGCCCGAUCUCCCGCGAUGUGUGCGGCAAGAUGUCUGACGUCAGCACCUUGCUGGGGGUUCGUUUGGAUCGAAGGCAACGUGGAAAACUGCGAAAUCAUUUCCGCUACCGGUUCUCCAGCGGAUUACACGAUUCCUGCGGGAGGGAAGUAUUACCAUCUUUAA